GUUGGAAAGUGCGCUUUUCCACCUCAAUAAGUGCGACUUUUUCCUGCUUUUUUUUCUUGGCUCUUUCCACAGUGUGCCGAGUCUACUUCGCGCUGCAGCUCAGGUCAGAUUUAUAAGCAGAGCAGGAGCAGAAGGGAAGAAGAAUGGGAUACAUUGGAGCACAUGGAGUAGCGGCAUUGCAUAGGCAUAAGUACAGUGGAGUGGAUAACUCAUUGGUAUCUAAAUAUGUGCUGCAGCCGUUCUGGACUCGCUGCGUUAAUCUUUUCCCACUUUGGAUGCCGUGAGUGCGGUCAAAAAACUUCCUACUUCUUAGUUCAUCUUGUUUUGAUUUUGACUUGCAUCUUUUUGAAUUACAUUGAUUUGUCCGGAAAUGACGAUUUUAGGGAAUAAAAAAUUUAUUUGACAAGUAAUGGGAACUUAGUUAUGUAAAAAGCUAUUUUGAAUCGGAAUUUUAUUCAAGGUAGGUUGCUUGUCAAUGGUCAUAGUUUUAGGAGAUAUAGUGGUUAGAGAUCAUUGAAUCUUUGUUAUAAGUUAUAACUGAUCUGCAUUAUGGUGUUCUUUUGUUUACGGUUACCAUUCUUGGUCUUAGAGACAUGGCUGUUGGUGAAAGCAAUCACAAAUAUUAGUGAUGCUGUAUGCUGUGUGCUGCUGAAUUGUUUUAAUGAAUAACUCUAGUCCUAAUUUGCUGUGUGCCUUUUUUAGGUAGCUGGUUUUGGAUUAAUUGAUGUGCACUGUCUAGUUUCAUGUAAAGUAGUUGAUGUGAUUCGGAGAAUUUUAAUGCUGUUGAUCUUGAUUCAAAUUGUUCUGUCUGUUCACCUGACUUCUAUUGACUGUUGUUGACUUGCUUCUGUUUCACUUUUGUGCAUGUAACCGGGAAUUUUCAGGCCGAACAUGAUUACACUUACAGGAUCUAUGUUCUUGGUUACAUCUGCAUUGCUUGGCUGGAUCUAUUCCCCUAAACUAGAUUCACCUCCUCCAAGAUGGGUUCAUUUUGCCCAUGGAUUGCUGCUUUUUUUAUAUCAAACAUUUGAUGCUGUUGAUGGGAAACAAGCAAGAAGAACAAAUUCUUCUAGUCCUCUUGGAGAACUCUUUGAUCAUGGAUGUGAUGCACUUGGAUGUGCGUUUGAAGCCUUGGCCUUUGGAAGCACUGCCAUGUGUGGUGGGAGCACUUUUUGGUUCUGGGUUAUAUCUGCAGUCCCUUUUUACUGUGCUACAUGGGAGCACUAUUUCACCAAUACCCUUAUUCUUCCAGCCAUAAAUGGACCUACUGAAGGCCUUAUGUUGAUAUAUAUGAUUCAUUUCUUCACAGCUGUUGUUGGUGCUGGGUGGUGGGCUCAACCGUUUGGCAAAUCUAUUCCAUUCUUUAGUUGGAUUCCAUUUAUAAAUGAAUUCCCAAUGUAUAAAGCUGCGUUGUUACUGAUGAUCAUUUUUGCUGUUAUACCUACAAUCUCAUUCAAUGUGUACAAUGUUCAUAAGGUUGUUGAGGCCAGAAAAGGAAGUAUGCUACUAGCUUUGGCAAUGCUAUUUCCCUUUGCUGUGCUAUUGGGUGGAGUUCUUGUGUGGAACUACCUGUCUCCUUCUGAUUUGAUGGGAAACUAUCCGCACCUCAUCAUCUUGAGUAUUGGGCUGGCAUUCGGUUUUCUUGUGGGAAGGAUGGUUCUUGCUCACCUAUGUGAUGAGCCAAAGGGCCUAAAAACAAAUAUGUGCAUGUCUUUGUUGUAUCUGCCGUUGGCCAUUGCAAAUGCACUCUCUGCCACGCUAAAUGACGGAGUCCCCUUAAUUGACGAGUUCUGGGUUCUUCUCGGCUUUUUUGCAUACACAGUGCUGCUCUAUCUUCAUUUCGCAACGUCGGUUAUUCACGAAAUCACAACCGCCCUGGGAAUUUACUGCUUCAGGAUAACUAGGAAAGAGGCAUGAACUGUGUGAUUUACCACCAUAUCAAAUGGAUUCAUGAGGAGUAAUUCGAGGAUUCCAACAGUGAUUACUUCAGGCAGAUUG